GCGGCGGCGGCGGCGGUGCGGCCGUGUUGUUGUGGCGGUGGCGGCGGCCGGCCGCCGCGGAGCUCUCCGAGUCCUAGCUGCUGAGUCUGCGCGCUGCUGCAGAGGGCCUGACCCACCGCCUCGCCGCAGGAUUAAUUUAUUUUUGGAAAUCAAGUGCAAUAUUAAAAGGAAAACAAACCAAACUACAUUAUUGGAAGCCAUUUCUGCUAAUUGUAAUACAUUUUAAAGUUUAUGAUUUGAUUUGAAUACUAUCAUGGGAGGAGCUGUGAGUGCUGGGGAAGAUAAUGAUGACUUAAUUGAUAACUUAAAAGAAGCUCAGUAUAUCCGCACUGAAAGAGUGGAGCAAGCCUUCAGAGCGAUUGAUCGCGGAGAUUACUAUUUGGAAGGUUACCGAGACAAUGCUUACAAAGAUUUAGCCUGGAAGCAUGGGAACAUACACUUGUCAGCACCUUGCAUUUAUUCUGAAGUUAUGGAAGCAUUGAAACUUCAACCAGGAUUGUCUUUUCUUAACCUGGGAAGUGGAACCGGAUAUUUAAGUACAAUGGUGGGCUUAAUUUUAGGUCCUUUUGGAAUAAAUCAUGGGAUUGAGCUUCAUUCAGACGUGGUGGAAUAUGCCAAGGAAAAACUGGAGAGCUUCAUCAAAAAUAGUGAUAGCUUUGAUAAAUUUGAGUUCUGUGAACCUGCAUUUGUGGUUGGCAAUUGCCUCCAGAUAGCAUCUGACAGUCAUCAGUAUGAUAGAAUUUAUUGUGGAGCUGGAGUCCAGAAAGACCAUGAAAACUACAUGAAAAUAUUACUAAAAGUUGGAGGCAUUCUAGUCAUGCCUAUAGAAGAUCAGUUAACACAAAUUAUGCGAACUGGACAAAACACUUGGGAAAGUAAAAAUAUCCUUGCUGUUUCAUUUGCUCCACUUGUGCAACCAAGUAAGAAUGAUAAUGGCAAACCAGAUUCUGUGGGACUCCCCCCCUGUGCUGUCAGGAAUCUCCAGGACUUGGCUCGUAUUUACAUUCGACGCACACUUAGAAAUUUCAUAAAUGAUGAGAUGCAGGCUAAGGGGAUUCCUCAGAGGGCUCCACCCAAAAGGAAAAGAAAGAGAGUUAAACAGAGAAUUAACACUUAUGUAUUUGUGGGUAAUCAGCUUAUUCCUCAGCCUCUAGACAGUGAGGAGGAUGAGAAAAUGGAAGAAGAUAACAAAGAAGAGGAAGAGAAAGAUCACAGUGAAGCCAUGAAGCCAGAGGAGCCACCUCAGAAUUUACUGAGAGAAAAAAUCAUGAAGCUCCCCCUCCCUGAAUCUUUAAAAGCUUACUUGACAUACUUUAGAGAAAAAUAACUUAGAUCAAGAAGAAAGAAUGCCUACUGAUAAUUCCUUUAGUCUUGAAAAUGUAGCAUUUGUUAGGAGUUAAAAGAGAAUUCUUUCUUUCAUCAGAGGAAAUUAUAGUGGAAAAAGUAUAACUUGUUUCUGUCUUAGUAAUAAAAAUGAUGUAUUCAGUGAUUUAAAAGAAUCCUUUUUAUAAAAUAUAUUUUUCUUUAAAUCUUGGAAAAAUUACUGUUUUAACUCAGAGUGACUCCAAGAGUGGAAUGCAACAAUAGUCAAGACUUUGUGUACUGUAAAUCCUUUUCUGAUUCCUUGCAGAUUUGUAGUGGUGAGGAUUAGACUUACUUUUAUAAAAGGUUAAAUAACUGUUGAGCGUAUAUAAUCUGAUUUGAAUCGCAGUUAUUUGCAUAUCCUCUCUGGAAACUUUCUUAUCUAGUAAGGAAAUCAAAUGCUAUGUAGACCCACUUACCUUACUUUUGUUGCAAUCACUAUUGCUGAGUUGCUAUAGAUGUAUUCCGGGCAAUAUAUGAGUGCAAUAACAAUACAGAUAUUGAAUAAUUUAGCUUUAAAAAAAAGUUUCAUGGAAUUCAACAGCACUGCUACUUUUGCUUUUGAAUCUAUUGCCAAAAGACAUGGGGAAAAUAUCUGCUUCUCUCAUAGAGAUUUUAAGAGCACAUCAAGUGAAUACUGAAGUUAAGAACUAUAUACUUAAUACAACUCUUAAUUUGUAUGGACCCCUUACAUUUUCAGUAUUUAAAAAUAAUGAGGUUAUCUUACUCUCUGGCAUUUUAGAAGAUAGAUAGUUUUUUCUAGAGUCCAAUGUAUAAAGUGUUGGGUUUAAAAAAAAAAAGCCAUUGUUCUAUGCGACUGUUGAUAGCACAGUGAGUGAGUAAGCAUGAGUAACAGCCACGUUUCUGGGUUGUGCUGAGUCGCAGGGCCAGAGCAGAUUUGGACAGCAGGUGCACUUUAGCAAAUGGAACUUCUCGUUCAUCUGAAUAUUUAUCUUUGACAAGGCAGGGCCAAGGUAGCCUAUGUUUGCUUUGAAAUUCAUCUUUGUAGUGUAAGAAAUAAUUCACAGAAAUUGUAUGUAGAUGCAUUUUGCUUUGAAAAUCUGAUUCAUAAUCAUAGUGUAAUCUUUGGGACCUACAUUGUCCUCAUUUAACUUCUUCCCUUGUUUGUCUAUUUCUUUGGGUAAAAUUAUAAUAAUUUUUAUUUUUUGCUUAAUAUCACAUACUUAAACUAUCCAUCAUUUGAAGGUUAGUUAUAGCUUAUCAAUGAUAAAACAGGUAGUAAAUGCCAUUAUUGGUUUGUUUCUUUUCUCCCUACUAGGGCCUGAAAACAGUCAUUCCUUGUUAAGAGAGUAUACAGUAUAACAUAUUUACUACUUAGUGUUACAUGGAUUAUAUAUUUUUUAAAAGGAAAAAUUUGAAAGUAUCACUUAUUACCACCAGCAUCACUAUUACAAUAGUUGAUCAAAUAUGUAUGGUUAAGGAAACCUAAUCAGUGUAGAGUGAAAGGAUUGCUAUCUCUGCAAAGAUUCAACUAUUAAUAAUAUAUAGAUGGUUUCAAAAAUCUCAGCUCUGGGAAUUCCACACGUCUAAAAGCAAGUGCUUAACAUAUUAUAAACAUGAAUUAUCCCAAGUAAAUGAGGAUAUUUUAGUAAUGUGAAAGGUAAUUUCAUGGAAGAUACUUGUUUUAUACCAGUGACUGGGGCUAGGGGUUGGGGAUAUUGCCACAAUUUUUCACAGAUGAUUACUAAGUGUUAUUGUUAAGAAGUGCCCCAUCUCAUUUCUAUCAAGGAAAAAAAUAGUUUCACACAAUUGUCAUCUGUUAGAAAUGUUCGUUUUCUUUUGAAUUAAAUGUUAGUUUUAGAAAUUUAAUCUUGAGUUCCUGGUCCCCAUAUACUUUUACCUAGCAUCCCCACCCCUACUUUGUUGUUUUUGGAGCUGGUGUCCAGAUGUGUAACAUACAUAUUCUUAGCUGAUGAUAGUACUAUUCAGGAGAGAGUUUUUGUUAAGGAUAUGUUUGAAAAUUGAUUUUUUCAUAUUGUCUUUCAUUCUCUUGACCUUGGCGAAGUGUACAGUAGAUUUUCAUGAUCAUUGCAUAUUUUUUGUCAUUGAAAUGUAUCUUUUGUGCUUUUAAAUGCAUUCAUUUUACAGUUGUGGCUUUAUUAUUGACUUUAAAUAAAGAAGUAGAAAUAAAAAAUAAAAUUUCAAGUGAAAGCCCUUUUAUUAAUGGGGAUAUAUUAGAAUGAUUAAGAAUAUUUUGAUUUGUGUUUAUUUUUUAAUGAAUUCAUGUUUACUUAAGUAUGGAUAAUUAUGCUUUAUAGAUGGAGAAAUAUCAAAUAAAGACAGAGUAAAAUUAACUGAAAACGAUGAGGAAUAUAUUCAUGGGGUUUUACAGCCAGAUAAAACAGUAGAAAUAAUCGAAUGUAGUCUUUUAUUCUGCAGGGAGAAAGUAGGCCUAGGGCAGUAGCAUGAUUUUCUAAGUCAGACAUCUAGUUGGAGAUGUUUGAAAUAACAUCCAGCGAGUGGUUAAUAUUUGGCACUCUCAUCAUGAAGCCAGGGUUCGUUUCCCGUCAGGGAACCACACCACCAAUCUGUUGUCAUACUGUGGCAGCUGUGUGUUGCUGUGAUGCUGAAAGCUAUGCUACCAGUAGUUAAAAUGCCAGCAGAGUCACCAGUGGUGGACAGGUUUCAGUGGAGCUUCCAGACUAAGACAGACUAGGAAGAAGGACCUGGCCACCCACUUCUGAAAAGAUUGGUUGUGAAAACCUUUUGAAUAACAGUGGAACAUUGUCUGAAAUAAUGCUGGAAGGUGAGAGGAUGGUGCAAAAAGACCAGGCAGUGUUCGCCAGGGUUGCCAGGAGUGAAAAUCUACUCCAUUGCACUAACAACAAUCUGGUGAAACCCAAGAACCUGUCAACGACCCAGAACUACCCAGAAGAUAAUUUAAAUCUAUACUGCUUGUUGGUCUGUAUAUUUGGUUCUAGUAUUAAUAAACAAAAAUGUCAUUAAAAUAGCAUACAUAAUCGUUAAAAGAAAGUACAAAAAAUGUAAGUGUUCGUUUCUAGCUGUAUGAGAGGGUAAAAGUGAAGCAAAACCUGUUAAAUUAUGCGACGACUUGGAAAAUUAUUUUAAAUAAACAGUUGCAUAUAAUUAAGCAUCA